GAAGAAUGGACAUGGGAGCGGAGCGAAUUGUGAAGGUGGAGCAACGAUUGAUCCAGCAACAGGAGUCGAAGGAGCAGUGCGAGACGCAGCGAAUUCGUGACCACUACUAGUCUCCCAAAUAGUAGACGCCGGAGGAGGAGGACUGGUUUGCUUGGUCGCACCCCGAGACGGAACGAAGAAUUCAGGUGCGACGCCAGAGCCCAAGAGGAGGAGAGGAUCGUCCCGAAUGCUUAAGGGUGGGAGCGUCGCUGGUCCACUCCAGAACUUCGCCAAAGGUGUCAGGUGGUCUACCUAGAGUAGGUAAACCUUUUCCGUGGAAAUUGGCCGAAGACGAGGUUAUCUAACGGCAUUGUUUCGAGCGAGAGGGGCAGUAGGUGAGAUUCUCCAGCUAGAGGACGCCCCUGACUUGGGGUCAGUGGCAGCAGGCACCCUUGCUUUUUUUCUUUUUUUUCUUUUAUUAAAUUCGAGGGAAGGAUUUUGCGGCUCCGCCAUUUUGCUUGUACAUCUGCCAGAUGAAACUUUAUCAGCCACAUCGACCGCGGAUAGAUACGGCGAAACACGGCCGCAUAUGUGGGUUGCGGGGAAGGGGAGGGGGUGGGCUGUGGACAAUGCAAUCUGGGUCGCAUAGGGGAGAGUUCUGAAAGCUGGUUGGCAUCGAUUCUAGCUGAGUUUUUUCAUGCCACAGUUGAGGUUGUGGGGUCGAGCGGAGUGGGGGGUGACGAACUAGAGGUGGUCGCCGAGUACCGCCGGGCGAGAUGAUGGUCGCCAGGAUUUGCGUCGUGGUUGUGUUGGUGCUAGGUCUAGUGGUGGCAGGAGGAAGAGGAGUUAGUGCUGUAGAAGAGGGAGAGUGUGAUUCGGCGUACAACUAUCUGCCUGGGUGCUUGACGUUCGUCCAAGGUCCGGACGUUGUGCCGAACGCGGUGUGUUGCGGUGGGAUUGAGGAGUUGAAUUCGAUCAACCCCGGAUGCUUGUGUACCAUCAUCUUAGAAUUGGGAGACAAUCACAAUGUAAAUGUCACGAAAGCUUAUGCCCUACCCAUCACAUGCCGCGUAAACGUGGAUCUCUUGAAGUGCCCUGCCCUUGUGCUGCCUCCUGGAGCCGCUUUACCCCCUUCAAUACCCCCCGGAUUGUAUUCGCCUGUUCCGGGUGACUUAGCCGCAGCAUGGCGAAUUGCAUCCCCCAGGAUGUCGGUGAUCGCCGCAGUUCUUGCAGGAGUACUCGCCGUAUUAAGAAUUUGAGGCGAGGCGCAGUUUUUUGGGGAAUUCGCAGUGUACCGAUUAUGUACCUCUUACUUUUGUCUGAUGUGCAGAUUGUGCAUCCGGCGCAGAAGCAGCAACGAUCGGGAGCCAACUCAGCUGUUCAUAGAUAUUUUAUCGUAGAAUAAUAACCAGUUACCUCAAGGAAAUCUAGUUUCUAGAGAAGCUGCCCAGGAUUGUGUGAGAUUCUUCUAUUCUUUAGCUUCUUGGGCACCGGGAUGUACCUUGGAGUGAAUAUUGAGGAUCUGGAAAGAGGUUUUCCUGUAUACUACAGAGAACAUGUCGAAAUCCUUGGACAGGAUAUGCAUUUGUAAACUUUUCUUCCGGAAAUGAUUCUCUCGCUCCCUUCCCUUUACGGUGGAGCUAGCUGCUUCAGAAGA